UUCAUUGCAAACCACCCCGCUCUCCAAACCAAUUCUGAUCUGUUAAUUUUUAUUUGUUAAGCUUCAGGUGAAUUCUAUUCUUCGAUUUCCAGUUUUUGUUUUUUCUUCAUUGGGUUGUUAGAAUUUAGUCAAAACCGUUACUUCAGUAUCUUAAUUUCGAAUUUCAGCGUGAUUGCAUCGAAUCCUAUCACUGGCUUUUUUGAGUUGGUGAGCUUGCUUCAUCAAAAACUCUUGGAUUUUUCUGUUAGUGAACAAAUAUUCAGGUGUAAAAUUUAAUUUUUUUAAUGACUUGAUCCGAUUUCACCUUUUUAUCUCCAACUCUUUCUGGGCUUAAUACUCCAACAAUGAUCAACGAAGCUCACAAUAUUCAGUUCAAAACGUUGUAGAGUUCAAAUCAACAGUUUUGAUUCCGGAAUUUUGGGUACCAAACCUCAGCCACUAUUUUCUCUCAGGACUGUUCACACCCAAAUGCAUAUAUUCUCCGACUAAAGCAAAGCCCUUUAACUUCUUUUCACUUUGAAUACUUGUUCGUGCUUCUUCAUCAAUGGCGGAUUCAGAUAAUGAAUCCGGAGGUCACCACAAUUCCCAAAACGAAAGCUCUCUUAAAGAGCAAGACAGGUUCCUUCCAAUCGCAAAUGUGAGCAGAAUCAUGAAGAAAGCGCUUCCUACCAACGCGAAGAUAUCAAAGGACGCAAAAGAAACUGUUCAAGAGUGCGUAUCCGAAUUCAUCAGCUUCAUCACCGGCGAAGCAUCGGAUAAGUGCCAAAGGGAAAAGAGAAAGACAAUGAACGGCGAUGAUUUGCUUUGGGCUAUGACGACUCUUGGAUUCGAGGAUUAUGUCGAACCAUUAAAGAUUUACUUGCAGAGAUUUCAUGAUAUGGAAGGUGAGAAGGCUGCAAUGUCUGGGAAAGGAGGAGAAAAAGAGAGUGGAGGUAACGGCAGUGUUGUGAAUAUGGAGAAUAGUGGGGUUGGUUAUUAUGAUAUGAUUGGGCGUCAAGGACACGUGUACGGAUCCAGUGCUUAUAAUCGGACAGCCGGUAGUAGUGUUCUUGGAUUAGAGAAGGUCGGGUCGGGUCAUCAAACGGGCUCUGGGCCGUCUUCUGCUACGGCAAGGCCCAUGUAGCUGCUUCACUUGUUACCUUUACUUUUUUGUCAUCAACUUCCUAAUUAAUUUAGAUAGACUGGUGAUGGGGACAUUGGAUGUAUAGAUUAAAUGAGUUUGUUUUCGAAAUUGACAAUAGAUGUUUCUGGGCC